GCGGAUAACCUCCGUUUCCUCUUACUGGUGUAGUUCCGCGUCUCCGCACUCGUCGGUCCCGGUUGUCAUUGCGUGCCUGAGUCACGUGCUGGGGGGAAGCGGGAAGGCGUCGUUCUUCUUUCCUAGCCACCCCCCCGCCCCCACCAUCCGCCAUGUUUUCAGGCCCGGUCAGCCUUGGUCUUUCCCCGUAAGGAAAUGGCCGGGGCGCUUCAGGGAACCCAGGCGCCGUUGCCUCGGCGCAGCCCGGGCUGACGAGGCAGGGCAGCGGGGUAAACCGGAGCGGUUCUGCGCGGGGUGGGGAGGCCAUGGCGUCCGGCAGUAACUGGCUGUCCGGCGUGAAUGUCGUGCUGGUGAUGGCCUACGGGAGCCUGGUGUUUGUACUGCUAUUUAUUUUUGUGAAGAGGCAAAUCAUGCGCUUUGCAAUGAAAUCCCGAAGGGGACCUCAUGUCCCUGUGGGACACAAUGCCCCCAAGGACUUAAAAGAGGAGAUUGAUAUCCGACUCUCCAAGGUUCAGGAUAUCAAAUAUGAACCUCAGCUCCUUGCAGAUGAUGACACAAGACUACUACAGCUGGAAACCCAGGGAAAUCAAAAUUGCUACAACUAUCUAUACAGGAUGAAAGCUCUGGAUGCCAUCCGUGCCUCUGAGAUUCCAUUUCAUGCUGAAGGCCGGCAUCCCCGUUCCUUAAUGGGCAAGAAUUUCCGCUCCUAUCUGCUAGAUCUUCGAAACACUAGUACUCCUUUCAAAGGUGUGCGCAAGGCCCUCAUUGAUACCCUGCUGGAUGGCUAUGAGACAGCCCGCUAUGGGACAGGGGUCUUUGGCCAGAGUGAGUACCUGCGCUAUCAGGAGGCCCUGAGUGAGCUGGCCACAGUGGUCAAAGCCCGAAGUGGGAGCUCUCAGCGACAACAUCAGUCAGCAGCCAAAGACCUAACCCAGUCUCCUGAAGUCUCCCCAACAACCAUCCAGGUGACAUACCUCCCCUCCAGUCAGAAGAGUAAACGUGCCAAGCACUUCCUCGAAUUGAAGAGCUUUAAGGACAACUAUAACACACUGGAGAGUACUCUGUGAUGGAGCUGAAAAACUCUCACUGUUGAUGGAGCCAGACAGACUGCAUUGUGCUUGCCGGGCAGCCCUCAGGUCAAUCUGGCUCAGCAGCCUGGACUGGAUGAGCUGAAGCUCUGGUUGUGUUGAGAGCUCUUAGAGUUCAUGCCUAGAGGAUCAUUCUCCCACCCUGUCUUACAGCCAGUUUCAGAACGUCAGUUAAGACUUUAUUUUCCCUUGGUAGCACUUUUCUCUAGAGUUAAAUUCAUCUGUUUUUAAUAUUUCUGUUAAAGCUUCCUUAAAAAUCCUCACUUGGUUUUAAUCAUGGUUCAUCUCUCCUUUUCCAGACAAUAAAUAAUCCCAAGGGUGAGA